UAAUAAAAUUUUUCAAACGUUUUUAAUGCUUAUGUUAUGUUUGAAUUAUGUUAUGCUAACGUAUGUUAUGCUUGAAUUCGAGUUUCAUGGGGGUUCUGCAAUUGACCUAUAGUGGCGCGACAUGCCUUCUGUUGCCCGUGCAGAAUCAGUGACCGCGAUUGUUAAGAAAUUCGCGCCGCCUUUCAGCAACGUACAUGCUUUAUUAGAGGUUACAUGUUUUAUCUCGAAAGUAUCGCUGCAUCAUCGAACUAAUAACAUGGAAAACUCUUGGGCGGCAGUCCAUUUGUUUGGACACUGCAAUGCAGAAAAAUUGCAGUACGUCGAGAUCAAAAAAGUCAAAAAUUAUUUUGAGGGAAAAGAAGAAGGUCAAAAAUCUUUUAUGAUUGAAGUGGUAAAUAAAAAUGGUAAAGAAAUCGAUGCAAUAGGCGAAGUUUUAUAUCUUGGAGCCAGCGAAGAGGCUGUAAAAUCUUUGGUUGCUGCAAAAAGACCGAAAAUCACGAAUAAACGACGCAGCGAGGCCGAAACAGAACAUUCAAAUUACAUGGAAAAAAAGAGGAAGCUAGAUGGAAAAUUAUUGAAAGAUAAGAAAAUCAAUGUCAACUCAUGCGAUGAUGAUGUAGAAUCUCUUACAAAUAAUGAAGAAUCUGAUUCUAAAUCAAUAGAAAUGGAGGAAUCUGAUGUUACAAAAGUGAAAAAGUCGAAGAGAUCUAAGCUAACGCAGGAAGAACUGCAAUUUAAAAAUAAUUUGAAAGUUUAUGACAAUAAGGUUAACAAGAGCAUUCUUGAUAAUUAUAAAUUGAUUAGAGGUGAGAAAGAAAAUAGUCCAAGUACCAUGAAUAAAGCGAAUGGAUUGGAAGACCCAGAGUCGUUGUCAGAAAAAAUAAUGAAAGCUGAACGACUACUUGCAAGCUUGAAAAGCCAAUUGCAUAGCCAAUCAUCCCCCAGUAAAGCUCGAAAGAAGUUAUUUGUUGGAAGCGAAGAGAAUAGUGUUGGCGGUAAACAAAUAUCAAAUCAAAAUACAGAGCCAGCAUUUUCUAAUUCUCAACGUGAAUCUCUCCUUGGAAAAGACAGUGAUGACGACUUGGAUGGAGUCAGAUGGCAAUUUAGUCAAUCAAAACAUAAUAUUAUGGCAUUCACUCCACCAAUCCCAAAUACAAAUGGCAAAGAUCCAGGAAAAAGUUUACUUGAUAGCAAUGAAAAACUAUCUGAUAGUAUUUUAUUGUCAGAUUAUGAUUAUGAUCCUCAAACAGCCAGUACAGAUUUUCAAGUUGAUAAGCUGAAAUCUAGUUUGUCAACAAAAAAUAUAUUAAAAAGCCCAAAAAAGACUAUGCAAAGAUCUUCAUUAUGUGAUAAUGAAGAACCUGACAUGAUCAAUAAAUCAAAAGAAGAAAUAAAGUCAAAAAAGGCAAAAAAAGCAAAGAAGAAAACCAAAAAGGUCAACUAUGAUCCAAAAUUGUUUAAAGAACUUGAAGCUGAUUAUGGUGAUAAAUUCAAAGUUUUUACUGAAAAGGAUCCUAUAACUAAUUUAGAGGUUGAAAAAAUUCAUUUGAUGUGUGGUGUUGUCAUCAAUUAUGAAGAUUGGGAAGCAAUUCCAUCGCCCAGAGAUAUAACACCAAGUCUGUACGUUAGAAAACUUUGUGAUGCUAUAUGGGGAGAGGAUGCUUUUGCCAAUCGAGCUAUGCAAGUUAAACAAGUUACCAGACACAUACCUGGUCGUUCACCCAAACAUCAGAUUACUCCUCAAAAAGCAGCAGCAGUAAAUGGUUGUUAUCAAAAAUUUCUCAGAUUAAAAUAUCCUAUAAAGUCAGAUUUGCCACCAAAGAAAAAAAAGUACAAUACUAAAAAAAUACAAGAAAAUGAAAAAUUAUGGACACGAUUCAUAAGUCAAUACAUAAAUCAAUUGACAAAGACCCUUAUCGAACAAACAAAAUCAGAUGAUUCUUCAGACAAAACAGCUAGUUCUACAAGUGAUUCAGAAAAAACAUCUGGUUCUGCGAGUGAUUCAGACAGUUCCAGUUCAUCAGAGUAGAUACUUUAUAAUGAAGAUAAAUGCACGUGGAGAGCCUAUUAUAUUUAUUUCAUGACUAGCAGAAUUGACUUUUUAAU